GGACUUUCGGCCCCAAUGCUCGGGACGGUACGCGCCAUUCGUACGCGGGACUUCGUGCCAUCGGUAUCGGGAUUUGGCCAGCAGCCGUGUGUCACAGCAGACCAGCUCUGUUCACGUGCGUGUGAACGUGUAUGUGUGCAUUGCUAAGGUUCCCUAUCGUAGUCGAAACUAGUGACCUUAGCGUCAGUGCAAGUGCGAAAAAACGGUGGAGUUUAAGUGAGUGCCAGUGUGCCAUAGGCUGACAGGCUAAGCGUUGGCGGAAUUUGCAAGCGACUCGCGGUGCGCUGAUCCGUUUGAUCGAUACUAGCGAGCAAAGCUCGUCAUUAACAGGAUAAUCUGGCGCAAGCAGGCGGGCGUCGCAGGUAAUUUGAAUGAAUUUCCCGGUCGCCCAGUAGCGAUUCGGCCGAGAGUUUGUCGUGUGCAUGUGUGCGUCAGUAACCGUUGCGGGGAUGCGUUGCGUAGCGCACUAAUUUAAUUAGUGAGUUUGUUCGGGUAGUCGUGCUUCAAGUCUGUUGACGGUGAAAGAAAAUUUGGAAGCGAUAAAGUUGUGAUUUCUCUUGAUUUGUGUUGAUUUAAAGUGGAUGGUUGUGUAGAAAAAGUGAAAAGUGUCCAUCACGUUCCUUUGAUUCAAACGCUUAAGUUGCGCAUAAAAUAAUCUUGACGCGUUGUAUUAAAGCCAAGUGUAAGUUGCUGGUGUACAUUAAAGCAAAAAAAAGAAACAUAAAACACAAGCAAGUGAAAAGCCAUUGCCUAGAAGAAACGGAUAAAGUGAUAAAGCGACAAAAGAAUAUUCAGCAAAAGAAAUCAUAAUAAAACACAGUACGAAAACGAUAGCAAAAAAAAAAAAUAACGAAACAAUUACACAACCGGGAAGCGUUCACUAGCAAAGGCAACCGAAAAGAAAAGGAUCACUUGAAAAUAUUAUUCUUUCAUCAGUCGGAAAGUGUAGCAAAAGCAGCAGCAGCAGCAGCAGCAACGGCAGUAUAGCAGCAUCAACGGCAGCAAAGGAUAAUAAAUCUCUUCCCUUUUUUUUCGCACUCCUCGAGCGCGAAGCUUGUCGGGUUGGUGGUUUAACGGUUCCUCGGUUACUCGGCCACUUGGCUCAGUAGUGAUUCUUUUCCCAUUUACAUCCUUGCGUUUGGGUGUACCAGUGUGAGUGUGUCCUAAGUGUGUGUGUGUGUGAGUAAGAGUGUUUCUUCGUGGUGUUUCGUGGUGUCCAUCCGUGCAGAGGAAAACUCCGUUGCUGGAUCUGAUUUUCGUCGCUUGGGAUUAAAGCAAACACCGCGCAGGCUACCAAGGCCUCUAUAAUGAUUGUAUAAGAAAUAAAAAAUGGUAGCCGAUCUAAGUUGAUAAAAAUGGAUUACAAGGAAAUUAUAUUGCUACUAUGUCUGAUCCUAACGUUGGCCAAGGCAACACACAAAGAUAACCGAGGUGGUUCGAAUGAAACCCUAAGCACUUGGUCACCGUCGGGCGUAGAUUUGGAGGAUGAGGACGACGAGGAGGUACAGAAACGAGCCAAAGCUCAAGGUUGGUCAUCGUGGACGGAAUGGUCAACCUGUUCGCGUUCGUGCGACGGUGGCGUUGCGUACCAGCUGCGCCGGUGUCACGCACCCCACGGCUGCAAAGGAGACGCGGUGCGGUAUAAAAUCUGCAACAUGCAGCCCUGCCCGGAGCAGCAGGAUUUCCGCGCCCACCAAUGCUCGGCGUACGAUGACGUGCCGUACGACGGUGCGCUGCUGAAGUGGACCCCACACUACGACUACUCGGAACCGUGCGCCCUCACCUGCCGGGGCCGACCUCAGCACCUGCUGGAGGAUAUGCCGGAUUCGGCCGGUGCCGGCGACUCCUUUCCCAUCAGUGACGACGAACCGAGCGUCAUCGUGCAGCUCUCCAAUCGAGUGCAGGACGGUACCAGAUGUCGCCCGGGCAGUCUCGACAUGUGCAUCCAGGGAAAGUGUCAGCGCGUUGGAUGCGACCUUAAGAUUGGCUCGACGAAGAAGAUCGAUGUGUGCGGUGUGUGCGGUGGCGAUGGAACGUCCUGUACGCAGCCACUCUACCAGUGGGAAAUUGCACCCAUGUCACUGUGCUCCGUAACCUGUGGAGGUGGUUACAAGAUGGCCAUGCCGACCUGCCGGAACCGCGUGACCGGCGUGGAUGUGGAGGAGUCACUCUGCAACGCUUCCUCCCGCCCGGAGCCCACCGUCGUCCAGUGCAAUACCCAUCUCUGCCCACCGAAAUGGGUGACGGACGACUGGCGAUCCUGCUCGAAACCGUGCGGCGGUGGCAUCCGCGAACGGGUGGUGGUCUGUGCGGAGGAAAGCAAUGGCGCCAAGAACAAGGUACCGGACGAGGCUUGCCGUGGAGUGAGACCGAAAAAUCAGGAACCCUGCAACGUCCAAGAAUGUCCCAAGUGGGUCGUCGGCGAAUGGAGUGGGUGCUCCGUUUCCUGUGGCAGCGGUAUUCAGGUGCGCAGCGUUGAGUGUAUGGACACGAACGGCCAUUACAGUGCCCAGUGCGAUCCGGGAGCGAAGCCAGUCACGGGGCAACCGUGCACCACGGGCAUCAUCUGUAAUGCGGGUUCGGUUUCGUCGGGACUGAGCGGUGGUGCCAACACUGGUACAACGGUUUCGGGCUCAUCAAAUGCUGGCAUCAUCGCUGUACCGCCCUCGUCAGCCUCCGACUUCGAUGGGCUUACGAUGGGCGUCGAGAGUGAGGCAGAGCGGGCCAGCAUUUCCGCCAUGAUGAAGGAGAAGGCCGCGAUGCAUCACGAGCGCGAUCCGACGCUGAUGACGUACAACGAUCAACCGUACUAUGCACAACCGCUGCGGCAGGAUCGGUUACCGAAGGCGGAGAAAAUCGUUUCCCAGCGGGUGCCCAGUGAAGCCACCUUCAUUCAGGACACCGAAUGGUCACCGUGCAGUGUGACGUGCGGCGAAGGGAUCCGCCGGAAGCCGUUCCGGUGCAAGAUUUUCCUCGAAUUUUCCAAGCGCGUCGCGGUGCUAAACGAUUCGCUCUGUCACGCCUACAAACCGCUGGACGAGGUGGAACGUUGCGUCAUGGAGCCGUGCUCGUACUCGCACAAUUUCGAGGACACCUAUCUCAAGGAUGGAAAUCGGCAGAGCUUGGAAAACAUUAAGGUACACGUGUCCGUCCCGGGCAAGACGUACUCCUGGCGAGAGGAAGGCUACACCAGUUGCAGUGCGUCCUGUCUCGGCGGUGUAGAGGAGUUGAUAAUCAAUUGCGUGCGAGAUGACACGAAUAAGAUUGUGUCUCCGUUUCUCUGCUCGCCAGAGACGAAACCGGAAGCGCGCAUUCGCACCUGUAACGACAUCCCGUGUCCUCCGCGGUGGAACUAUUCCGAGUUUACACCGUGCUCCAAGUCGUGCGGCUUUGGGAUACAGACGCGCGAGGUGACGUGCAUCCACGAGGUGACAAGGGGAGGAGAAAACACAAUGAUCGUACCGAACAGUAUGUGCACGACGAAGCCACAACCGGACCGGCAGUACUGCAACAUCAUCGACUGUCCCGUCCGGUGGGAAGUGUCCGAGUGGAGCAAAUGUUCAAAAUCUUGUGGCGGAGGUUUCAAGGAGCGACGCGUCGAGUGCAAACAGAUCAUGGCCCAGGAGCACAAGGUAGAGCGACCGGCAUCGAUGUGUCCGAGCAGCAAGCCGCCGGACAAGAAACCCUGCAACACCAAGGCCUGUGCACCGGAAGAUCAGCGACCGCCGAUUGCGGGCACCAACUCUACCUUCAUUCAGCACGACCCCAAGAAGAACAAGAUUACGCUGAAGAUUGGCGGUGCAGCGACCGUCUUCUACGGUACGCAGGUUAAGAUCAAGUGCCCGGUGAAGCGAUUUAAUCGCACCAAGAUCCGCUGGACGAAGGAUCAGCAACCGUUGCUGAAGACGAAGAAGAUCAAAAUGUCGAAGAAGGGCGCACUGCGCAUACUGGACGUAACGUUCCGCGAGGCGGGCAUCUACACGUGCCAUGCUGGGCUGAGCCAUGCGGAUCUGAAGCUGGCCGUCAAGGCGAAACCGGGCGGCGAAAAUCAGCCGAACGAAGAUCACGAUCGACACCGGGGAGCGGAUCCGAAUGCACUGCUGGCUAACUCGUACGCAAUGGCCAAUGGGAAUGAGGAAGAGAAGAGUGGGAGGAAAAAUCGAGAUCGCAAUCGAGGGAGAAAUCGACAACGACAACAGCAGGACACGCUUCUAACUGAGCACGGCGAUGGAUCGGACGAUGAGGAACCCCUGCGGUCACACUCGCAAAUGACUGUGUCGGGCAGUACGGUAGCGUCGGACGCGUCGGCCGCGGCCAGUUCCGGCACCCGUACGUUACCAUUGCCCCACUUCCAGCACCUACUGGCCGGCCUACAGCUUCUUUGGCCAUUUCAGACAUUCAGCAACAGUAAGAACUACGGACAGCAGUAUCUUGCCGAGCGCGGCUACGAUCCGUUCGAUGGGUCGAUCGGUAGAGGGGAUGUGGAGGACGAGGAGCCACCGAGGCCCAUGAACGUGUAUCAGCUGCUGAAAUCGCGCCACACCAGUGAAUCCGUGGACGAGCCAAUGAUCCACGACGGACAGGCAACGGAGGGCUACGAGUUCGAGUGGAUGACAACGCCCUGGUCCGAGUGUUCGCAGACAUGCGGUGCCAAUGGGGGAGGAUACAAGCUCCGAUCGGCCCACUGCAUGCUACGGAUGAGCAAUUCCAGCCGCACCGUCGACAACAGCUUCUGCGAGGACGCUGGCCUGCCGGUGCCGGAAACGGUCGACAAAUGUGGCAACAUCGACUGUCCGCGCUGGGUGACAGCGGAUUGGAGCGGCUGUCAGCAGUCCAAGUGCUUCUCGUGGCACACGGCGCUCCAGCGGCGUGACGUGUACUGUCAGUUCGAUGGCGAGCGUAGCGACGAGAAGGUGUGCGAGGACCAGGAGAAGCCCGUCACCAAGCAGGAGUGCUACAACGAACUGUGCAAAGGUGUUUGGCGUGUCGAGCCAUGGUCCGAUUGUAAUGCGGCCUGCGAAGGACAGGGCAUCAAGUACAGGAUACUACAGUGCGUAUGGUACGGCACGAAAAAGCCGGCAGGCAGCGCGUGUCGUGAGCUGCCCCGACCAGCGGUCAUGAAAGUUUGCAAAGGACCACCAUGUAUUUCGAAUCUUUCGGAGUGUAAAGACUUGUCGAGGUACUGUAAAAAUGUAAAAAGCAUGGGCCUUUGCAGACUGCACCGUUACCAGCAACAGUGUUGCAAGACUUGUAGGUUUAAUAUUUACCACUAAGGAUCGCAAAGAACGAAAACACCGGACUGCCAAUCGAUACCGCGCUGGAUGUGGCGCUUGUAUGACGCUUUUGGAAACUUCCGAUGAUGUUCGGUGUAUUUGUUGGAAAAGCGUCUCCAGCCUCCAAUAGGAUAAGCGCGGCAAAAGGAUGCAAUCCUUGCUGCUCCUUGCCUGUCCACUCUUUCUUUCACCUCCAGAACCACCAGCGCCAAUGGCCCCGGUAUACACAACUGAAACUGAAACAGCAACGAACUUGUGUAUGAUACGGAAUAGCUAUUGACACCUACUACCGAAGACUUAUUUAAAAUAGUCAAUUAUGUGUACUUGACUAUGAGCGUUGCUGAAAUCCAGCCAUCCACACUUAUAGAGACAGCACGGCGCAGUACUUGGAUCAAGGUGCAACUGUUAGAUUAUUGUUGAAGGACUUUGAUGGAGUGAGCUGAGUGCUAGUACUGCAACAGGAGACACUCUGUUUUCCUCUGAAAGUAGACAAUGUACUUUGGACAGACGAACGAUGUAGCAAGCUGGUAGCAUACACUCCCAACUACACGACCUACACGACCACAAGAAUGCCAGAGGCGUCUGUUUGUUAACUUCGCAGAACUGUUGGAUUCUAUGUAUAUAGGUAAAGCAAAAGGAGGAAGAAACUAUAGAAAAAAAAACCCUAUAAAUAUAAAUAUAAAUACAUAUAGACGCAAGCAUAGGGAAAAGCAAACCAGACUCCACAAGGCGUAGCACUAGGUUUAGGUAAAAUUUGAUGAGCGAGAGGGAGACCGAGCGAAGAAGUGAACAUAGUAAUAUAUAAAUUAAACCGAUCGACUCUAAACAAACGAAGUUCAGGUUAGCUCAGCUCAGCUUACCGACAUGAUGAACGAAGGACAGCAGAUAGCAAAUUGCCAGCACGCUGUCGUAAUGCUUCUGUAAACGUUCAGUGCUUUUUGAUAGUGGGGAUAGGUAGGUGUGCUGCUGCAAGUAUUAUCGUGUGUUGAAAUAGAAACCAUACCCACUCACAUACACACACCCAUACACACAUCUAUUUCCGCUUUGAAAAUGAGUCAUUUACAGGUCAAAUCACAUUCUUCUUCAUCUCUCACCCAUAACGUCGAUUUCCUUUUCGUGAACUCACUCUCCCAAGUUAAUCAGCCAAAGGAAUGUAUUCUGUCAACAUCUGAACCAAUCCAUCAGCUAUUUCUACACUGUGAGUCCUUCUAGUGAGCCUAACAGAUUUCCAAUAACGUGUUACUUUUGCUUACCCUUGCAGUGGAACGUAUUUCCCCAUUUUCAUACCAUCUAUCAUUCAACAUCAAUUGUUCCAUUCCAUACUCCCAUACAAACAACACCUCCAAACUAUGCGCUAUGUAAGUGAAGCGAUAUUUAAGAAACUAUCCAAAUAAAAACCAGUGGGAACAGUAUAAGCGGGACGAACAUUUUUUGGCUGCCAAUGCAGCGGUCCCUGCGAACCAUGGGCAGUUUGCCACCACACCCUAAUCAACUCACACUAAGAUAAAUCUUUUUUCCUUUCCAACGCUUUCUAAUUAUACUAUUUACUCUCCCCCUUCCAUUUCCUAUUGUUCAUAAGUAAUCAUACUCUUCAAACUCUAACGAAACAAGACGCGUGCCGCGUGCGAAACACCCGUGCCGGAAAUUUCAUUUCGUUCUAUACACAGGGUCAGACAGAAGAGCGUUAGUAUAAAAAAAACGGAAAAGUAAAUGAAGAUCCAAAGUCCAAAGCAAUGCAAGUUUCCAUAGCAAGCGAGACGAGGCGAAAACAAAUUCGGAGCGAAUAGAAAUGACUAUCAUGUUUUAGGAAGCCAAUUUCGGAGCAAUCGUUGGGAGCUGGAAGCAGAGCGGUUAUUGAAACAUAAAACACAUGAGUAAGAAAUAAAGCAAAAACAUACAACAAGAAAACUCGUUCUUCUUUACAUAAAAGCAAAGCAAAACUAGAGGUAAAUGAAAAGAAAAUAUUGAAGCAAAGACCAAACGAUAAUGUAAUUCACCAGACAGAAACAAAUCAAAGCGAAGUAAGCAGGUAAGCAUUCACCUAUUUUCCAUUCAAAACAAAAUGACUGAAAAAUGAACUGUGUACAUAAGGGCAAAGAGAACUCGCCCGAACAAAUCAUUGGUCUCCAACGAGUUGGAAAAAUUGAAUAAAACAUAAGUAAAGAGUUAAAUUCAAAGGGAUUUUCUCCAAAAGUUUUGUUGUGCAGAUUCAUAUUGAACUGUUUGAUUUGCUCAACAAAGUAUUACACACAUUUCAAAAAUGAUUCCUGCCUUCUGUUUCGUUUAGUAUUUCUUUCUCAUACCAUUGCAAACAUUGCUCGCUAACGAUAUUUGACGAUUCAACUAAAACUAAUGACAAAUGAAAGCGAGGACGUUAAAACAGUUUGAUAAAUAUAAGAUCUAUUAACUUAGUUAGAAAAAAAGGAAAUAACUAUAUAAACGAAAAACAAUCGCAAAACAAACCAGCGAGUGUGCGACUAUGUUGCCAGGACGUGAAAACAAUAUAUUAAACACAAGAAAAUGAAAUUACCCAAUAAAACAAAUUUGAAAAGCCUAGUUGACACAGCGAACCAUCGGAUCGUUAGUUAAGAGAAAACAAGUACGUUAAAACGUUGGAAUUAAAACGAAGCUGCAACACAUCCAUUUCGAACUGCAAUUGCCGAUGCGGGAUUGCAAUGUCAAGCCCUCUACAGAGCUACAGUUUAAUCUUUUGCCGCAAAAACCGAACGCAAAAUAAUUAUUCUACACAUGCAACCGAACGGAGCAAAUAGUUAAAGUAAUUAAUAACGAUGGGAUUAUUGAUAACAGAACUGCAUAAAGGUGGUAGUGAUGAAAUUCCUGUAAAUUUGAGAUGAAAAAUAAUACAUAGAACAUAAAUAAGGAAAAAUAGGAUUGCACUGAUGAGCGAGGAGUAAACAUUUGUAAGUUAAGAGAACACUAGCUACACCUAAGGUAGCAGACUAAGUAUAAUCGAGUUCUUGAUUUAUACUCCUUUAAACUCUUCGUUUCGCUUUGCUAGUUGUGAAUAGUUUUCAAACUGUUCGUUUGAUUUGAUGUUUUGGUUCAAUACGUUUCAUUACCACUUUAUACGUGCUAGACACUGCUCCCCGUAGGAAGAAAGUUAUUAGCAAAACCGUUUCACUAUGCUCCUGAGCUGAGAGGCUCCAGCAAGUGUGUUAGAGACAAAUGCAACCCCCAUGGGAUGGAAAGAUUGUGCGCAAGAGUGCAUUCAUGUAAAAAUGUGAUACUUUUCGCCCAGCCAUUGGCCCGGCCAAGUUGUCUGUUAGAGCAGUACGGCAACAACGCUGCCGGAAGUUUGUAUGAUACACCAGUGUAACCAAGCAAGAGUGCCGAUAGCUACUCGAACGUUAAUUAUUUAAUGCUGUUUCAUAGAUACAUAGUGUGCUACUUCGCCAGAUGAUGAGUCAACAUCGUUGAACGAUCGUGUGUGUUUAGUUGAUCAUGAGAAGAGAACUGUAACUAGCAAACAGAUGCAUUUAAACGCCCCUCUUCUUCUCUGUUUUCCGUUUCAACAAUCAAACAACGCAAAACCAAAAAUUUUACCCGUCGAAAUACCCCAUCCCAUAUGCGGGUCACAAUUUAAAAAGCUUUACCCAUGUUUCAUUGAUUUCCGAUGCUGCUGUGUUACCGUGUUUCAGUUUUAUGGACAAAGCCUUCGGCACUAACGGAAAUUACCGACAAUUACUAACCCAAACCAAACCUAGAAGUUGAAUACGAAUGACGAUGGUACUAAAACGGUGAUCAAACGGAUUCUUGCGAUUUAAAAUAACCAAACUCUUGUCAUCCAAGGAGGAAGAGGAAAAGCGUACGAAUAAUAUGAAUAUACCGUGGAAACUAAUUUCAUCUAUUGCGAGCUGGUUGCUUAUUUAGCCUUCCGACAAGGGGAGUCGAUUAGAACAUUUUCUUCCCACAACGGAACAGAACAACAUUGCAAAGCCAACUAACAUUCAACACACUAAACAGCAGCAGAUGCAGCAUCAACAACAAGAAACAAACGACUAUAUUUAUGAUAAUUAUACAUUUCACUGUAAUAUGAUUAUCAUUAAUAUUAAACUAUUAUACAAUUUAAAACAAAAUCAUAUAUAGGAAGGUUAUUAGUUAAACAAGAAAGCUUCGGGAUGCGCCCGAACACCCUGAACUGCUGUGGAGAGGCCUACGUCUAAGCUCUCUACGCAACUAUUGAACAGGCGAAAACUAAAACCAGAACGGCAAUACACACAUACACUUUCACACAUACACACUCUCACAGGCAUAGCAGAAAGUGUGGAAACAUGAAAAAGGGGGAAAAUAAAGUAUUUUUUAUUUAAA